AUGAGUAGUCCUAGGAGGAACACGGCGGGGCCCGCCAGAGCACGGCCCUCAGAUCAGAGGCGUGUGUUCCGUUGCGAGGGUUAUGGCGAUUGCAGCAUGUCAUUCACACGAGCUGAGCACCUGGCCCGCCACAUCCGCAAGCACACCGGAGAUCGACCCUAUGAGUGCGACGUAUGCCAUAAGUUUUUCAGCCGGGCGGACAACCUGCGUCAGCAUCGCGACGCGGUGCACACCGGGGCAGGGGCCGCGACCGGGGCGGCAGCGAUGCCCCGCGGACGCCGACUUCGAGUCCGCCGCGCAACACCGGUAGUGCACACAUUUCCCACGGUGCAACCCACGAUGCCACCUACGGGGCCAGCCACAGGGCCAGCCACAGGCCCACCCACAGAAUCGCCGGCUUCGAUGGCCCCGAUGGGCCCGGCGGCCCCGCCAGCUGUGCCGCCGGUGUACUCUCCGGAGUUAGGGCGUCUUCGCCCGGCGUUUAUGCCCCAGCCCGCACCAUCGCUACCGUUACCAACCCUUACAUCCUUGGCAUUACUUCCGCCGCACCACGCUCCGGACGCGUGGCGUCGGCAGAUGUACCCGCCGGGGCCCUUGCCAGCGGCGUCUUGCCCGGGCGCAUCUCGCCCGAUACUGACCGACAGAGAAAAAACGUCACCAGAUUCGGCCUCCACGGUAGCGCUGCCCGGAGUACACCCUCCCGCGCUGCCGGAGAUCAGCGCGAGGCCUGCUCCAUGGUACAGAUUAGGAAGUCUUUCCAACGCGCUGCCGCCGCCAGGCACCCCUGGCCGGAGCGCUCACGGCGUAGGCACGCACCCUGCAGCGUGGGCUGCAGGCGCACCGUUUCAGGCCUCAAAUAUGUGCAUAAACAGUGGUGAGAUGUGGGUGGAACAUCACCCGGAGCCAUGGCCAGAUUCGCAACCGCUGCAACGGCGCGAGCAUCGCAUGCAUCGUGCCGUCGGAUCGCCUGUGCAGCCACCAGUGCAGCCGCCAGCGCGAGAGCGCCGCGACUCGUACGAGCGCGGGCAAGAACCCGCGCGGCGAAUCUGA